AUGUUUAUACGGCUUAUUCGAUGUCCUAUAUCAUUUUUUGAUACAAAUCCAGUUGGUCGAAUAUUGAAUCGUUUUACAAGUGAUGUUGCUACAAUGGACGAUUCUUUACCAAUGACUGUAUUUGAAUUUCUUGCAUGUUUAUCUCAAAUUUUAGGUACAAUUAUUCUAGUUGGUUUAAUCAAUUUAUGGUCAUUCAUUCCAGCAAUUAUUGCUUCAAGUGGCACGCUCUUUUUGAGAUAUCGAUUUGCUUCAUGUUCUCGUGAUUUAAAACGACUUGUAGGAACUACACGAAGUCCUGUUUAUUCACAAUUAACAUCAACUAUUCAUGGACUAAAAGUUAUUCGAUCAUAUCAUGCUGAAAAUAUUUCUUCUAAAGAAUUUCAUUCACAUCUUGAUAAUAAUACACGAGUUAUCUAUUUGAUGGCAAUCUUGAAUAGAUGGUCAGCGAUGCGUUUUGAUUGGAUAUCUCUAAUAUUCAUUGCUUUAGUUAUUAUACUUGCUAUAAUUCUUCGUAUGAGUCAACAUCACUUUUCAACUGCAGAAAUCGCUCUCACAUUUACCUAUAGUAUCAGUUUAAUGGGCCUUUUUCAAUGGACUAUUAGGUUGGGUGUGGGCGUGGGUGUAGAUGUGGGUGGGCGUGGAAUGGGUGUGGGUGUGUGGGGUGGGUGGGUAUGGGUGUUGAUGUAGGUGUGGAUGUUGAUGUAGCUGUGUGGGGGUGUGGAUGUGCAUCUGAGCCUUCUUCUCACCCAUACCCACAUCGGCCACUCACAUUCACAACCAGUGAGGAGUAAAGGUUUAGGAGAACAAUGUCUACAUCUGCCAUAACAUCCCCACUCAUGCCCACCUAUACCUACAGCUACACCAGUACCGCAUUAAGAAUCAAUUAUUGUCUAUCAAGUAGGUACAAACAUCUAAAAUUUUAUGGUUUGUUAGCAUUCUUUUUUGUCUGUGCUAGAAGCUAACACUUUUAUUGGGGUUCUUACCAAUGAAAUCAAUCAUACGAAUGGUUUAUGAUAUCAGGAAGAUCGCUGUGAGUUUGAGUGUUUUAUUAACCUAUACCCCCACAAGCAUACUCGACAGAUCAAACCAAAAUGAGCACUGUUUCCGAUUUUUCAGAUUCAUGUAGGGUAGAGAAUGUCCGCACUAAAAUAUACUCUCAAACUUUGCUAGUGUGUAAAGCAUACUUCUAGUGUCAUGUAGGGUGUGGGUGUGGCCACUGAAUAGAAAAGUUACACCCACACCCAAACACACAUUCACAUCCUCGCACACACACGCACACCCAUAUCCACAGCCACAGCCACACCCCACCGCACCGACACCCACACCCUACACCAAGGGGGAAAUAACUGACUUUUAUGACUUUACAGUCAUUUAGGUCACUUAGAUCAUUGACAUCAUUUAGAUCGCGAAAGGCAUUCAAAGUCAUCAAUAACUCAGACUAUUUGAAAGAGAAUGUUAGUCAAUAUUUAUCUAGAAUUUGUUCACAUGUUAACAUAUCAAUAUACGCUUCGAGGAUGGUAAAAAACAAUGAUUUUACCAAAAUACGCACAGAAUAUAACUAUUGCCCAUUUAAAAACAAAGACGGGUGGGUAUUUUUCGAAUAACGUUUGAUAGAAGCAAGGUAGUGAGUUGCGGUUUUCACUAUUAGAAAGAGAAGAUCCAGACGCAUCAAUAUAUGCUAAAAUCUGAGCGAUCAGCAAUUGGCAGAUCGGAUGCAUUUUCGAGGGAUGGGUGUGGGUUGUGUGAGUGUGUGCAAGUGUGGGGUGUGGGUGUGGGUGUGGGUGUGCAUGUGUUGAAGAGAACACCCACACCCACAUGCCGACACCCACCCACACCCACAUCACUGUAGGAUCGCUGUUUCUAGGCAAGUUGUAAAAGACUAUCGAUUUUUCCAAGAA